CUCUUAGCUGUUUCAAUUUUUCAAAAAAUGAAGCUUCCAUGUGUGAUCAGUGUGAACACACACGAGGUCCUGAUGAAUAAACUAUUAGAGGCGUGCUCCAUCGCCUCAAUUCCUACCCUUUUGAUUCAUCUAACCGACAUCAUAUUUACAAAAAUCCAUGCAAUCUCCCCAAUAAAAGACUAAAAAACAGAGCGAAAAAGACAACCUGAAAACGUUACUUUCAGAGAAGAGAAAUGAUGUUGUUUUCUUGUCCUUUAGGAUGCAAUUGAUGCAGCUUCUGGGAAGAUAGUUUCUCUAUCUUAAUCUGCAAGUUUGGACUUAUUAUAAUCCCAUUUCUCUUCUUAAAGGGGGUCUGAAAUCUGGGGUGCUACAAUUGCUCUUAGCUAGAACAGGGGGGGAAAAAGGAAGAAAAGAAAGAUGAUGAAUAUGGGAGAAAUGUGGGGAAGCUUAGGCUCAGCCAUGGCUGCCAUCAUGUUCAUUUACACCAUGUACCAAAACUACUUCCCCUAUGAGCUUCGCGGCCAGAUUAGAAGAUACACCCAGAAAUUCAAAAGGUAUUUCUACCCAUAUAUCCACAUCUCCUUCUCUGAAUAUCAAGGAGAUAGUUUCCAGCGAAGCAAAGCUUACAUGGCCAUCGAAAGAUACCUUGACAAGAAUUCUUCUAAUCAAGCCAGGCGACUCAAGGCCUCGGUUGCCCAAGACUCGGAAUCCAUUGUCCUGAGUAUGCAGGAUCAUGAAGAAGUCACUGAUGAGUUUCAGGGGAUUAAGCUUUGGUGGGCUUCAAACCAGGACAUGCCUAACCGGCAAUCCAUCUCUUUCUACCCCAGAGAAGAUGAGAAGAGGUAUUUCACCGUCUCCUUUCAUAAAAAGCACAGGGAAGUUAUAACCAAAACAUACUUAAAACAUGUUUUGGAUCAGGGGAAGGAGAUUACUGUAAAGGAGAGGCGUAGAAAGCUUUAUACUAACAACAAGAGUGAGAGCUGGGUUGGGUAUAGGAGGACCAUGUGGAGCCAUAUCACUUUUGAGCAUCCAGCAACAUUUGAUACUCUGGCUAUGGAACCCAAGAAGAAGCAGGAGAUUGUUGAUGAUUUGAUCAAUUUCAGUAAGGCUAAAGAUUAUUAUGCUAAAGUUGGUAAGGCCUGGAAACGGGGUUAUCUCCUUUAUGGUCCUCCUGGAACAGGGAAGUCCACCAUGAUCGCCGCCAUGGCUAAUCUCUUGAACUAUGAUGUUUAUGAUUUGGAGCUGACUUCAGUGAAGGAUAAUACAGAGCUGAGGAAGUUGCUGAUCGAUACAUCAAGCAAGUCCAUCAUUGUCAUUGAGGAUAUCGAUUGCUCUCUUGAUCUGACUGGCCAAAGGGAGAAGAAAAAGGAGAAAAGUGAUGAAAAAGAGAAGGAUGACAAGGAAUCAAUUGAGGAAAAGAUGAAGAAGAGAAUGGAGGAUAAAAAGAGCAGCGAAGUCACUCUUUCGGGACUCUUGAACUUUAUCGAUGGGCUAUGGUCAGCUUGUGGAGGAGAAAGGAUCAUUGUGUUCACAACCAAUUACGUGGAAAAGCUUGACCCUGCUCUCAUACGGCGGGGAAGGAUGGAUAAACAUAUUGAGCUAUCUUAUUGCGGAUUUGAAGCCUUCAAAGAGUUGGCGAAGAUUUAUUUGAAUAUUGAAUCACAUGACCUGUUUGGUACAGUUGGGAAAAUGCUGGAGGAAACCAAGAUCACGCCAGCCGAUGUUGCUGAAAAUAUGAUGCCCAAGUCUCCGAGAGAGGAUGCUGAAUAUUGUCUGGACAGAUUGGUUAAGGCCAUUGAGAAAGCCAAGGAAGAUGCAAGGUUGAAGGCAGAGGAAGAAGCAAAGGCUAAGAAGGAAGAGGAAGAAGCAAAGGCUAAAAAGGAAGAGGAAGAAGAGGAAGAAAAAAGAUUAAAGGCCGAGAAAGAGAAGCUAGAAAGUACUGGUGACAAUGAGGCAAAAAGCACAGAUGAAAACAAGACAGAGGAGGCUAAAGAAAAUGGAAGCAGCGGCCAUGGAGGAAUUUGA